AUGUCCGACGAUUGGUAUGAAAGUGUAACCGGAGAGUUCGAAGAUCCCAGGAUAGAAAUGGACUUGUUUCUAGAGAUAAUUGAAGACAACUCUGGAAAGGCUGCGAGUCAGCGUCGAGGAUCACUUCCUGGGCGUCGUAAUAUUGCGCGAAACUUUGUUCUAGGGCAUGAAAUGCUCAUUGACCACUAUUUCUCCCCGCAAUCCGUCUAUCCAGAAAAUUUAUUCGAAAGAAGGUUCCGGAUGCCAAAACGUAUGUUUUUGCGCAUCUUGGAGGACAUCACAGCCGCCAACGACUAUUUUAAGCUGAAGUGCAAUGCUGCUGGAAAGCCUGGGCUGUCCGGUAUCCUAAAGUGCGCAGCAGCCAUCCGUCAACUAGCCUACGGAACUGCUUCCGAUGCUACUGACGAAUAUAUUCAAAUCGGUGAAUCGACAGCCAACGAGGCUAUGAAGGAGUUUUGCCGCACGCUACUCAAACUAUACCGUGAGAUUUUUUUGCGUCCACCGAACCAAAGCCAGAAGGCUGCAUUAGAAGAAGAAAACGCGAGCCGGAGUUUCCCUGGAAUGAUUGGCAGUAUCGACUGCAUGCAUUGGGAGUGGAAGAACUGCCCAGUUGCCCUAAAAGGUAAGUAA